GGGAAACCGAUUUUGCCAGUUUUUCGAUUUCUUCAACGUGUUCAGACGAGAAACUUCUUCGCCGGUUUUCUCUCCUUCCCCGGUCUUAAAUCAAACCUUGAAGCAUCCCAGCUCUCUUCGCAGCUCCAACUGGUUUUCCGAAAAGAUUCUGAGAACCAGUCGGCUUUGAGAAGAAGCGCAUUGAGGACAGCUUGAUUGUCCAGCAAAACCAUUUCGUCUCCGAAAAAUCUUGAAGCUGAGACGUGGACGAUGUCUGAUAUAUCGGUCUCGUCCCACCCGCCUUAUCUCACUAGUAUCUGCUAUGCAUCUUCCAAGAAACAUCCUCUUGACUCUCGCAUUGACUUGCUCACUUUAUAUUCUCUCUUAUCCGUGGCCGGUUCAACUUUUCUAAUCAGAAAGAAAGUUCAGGCUCUGCAAUCGCGCAAUUAAGCUACUUCUAAUUUUUGCUUGGCCCUAGUGUCUCAACUUCCUUUAAUUUCUUGUGCUAAUCCUGCAGGUACAUGUAGACAUGUCUCCCAAGUGAUCAUAUUGGAAUCAUAUGCUAUUCUCCUGGGAAAUAUCCAUCAACCCCUCUGAACAGCAAAAUUAA